CGGCUGUUCGCCCGCUUCGUAUAUAACCAUCAAGGUUUCUCCCGAACCUGUCCCCAUCCAGUUCCAAAGUCUCUUCAGAGAACGUGUCUCUCUUUCAUCAGCAAUCACAUCCCUCGAUUAGCUUAUAUCUAUCGAUCGCUAUCCUCUGUCGUUCUACAUCGUUCGACACUACGAUCCAGCCGAACUAUACGCCGCACAUACUUCAAUCUACCAUCCACUCUCUCUCGAGAUCACAACACAUCAAUCACAAUGACUUACAAGAGCAACUACGAGCCUUAUACCAGCCAGAGUCUGGACAUCGACCGGCAACGCUCCCCCGAGGAGAUUCUUUACCCACUGGGAUCCCUCUAUCCUCAUGUUGUCGCCCUUCAGUUGCAAUGCGAUGAGAACCCAUGGACCAAGGCCCGCCACCUUGCAGACAACCCGGAUAUGUGCUACUGGGCCGAUAUGUCUUAUCCAUCCACCCCGGAGCAUUUCUCGUCUAAGCCCUCCGGCCGGCGAUACAGUGAAUCCACUGCUGGCCGCUUUGUUUCGCGGAUUCGUCGCUUCUUGAGCCGAGAUGAGCUGCGGCGACGCCAGCGACAUGCUUGACGGGCAUUCCUGCCUGUCACCCAAUCACUGUCUUCACUCGACAUUCUUCUCUCUUUUCUUCUUCAGUUGAUCUUUGUGACUUUGCAUUUUCAGCCCUCUCUUCUCCUUUUAGACAUCACAGCGCCAAGACCCUGUCCCGGACGACAGCUUUUCCUUUGUCAUCUCCUAUCACCUUCACCCUCACCAUCUUCACAAGCAUUCUAGAUCUCACUCCUUGAGCGAUUUCCUUGUCCUGUCACUUGGCAUUUCUUCACCUCCUAUUCAUUUCUCCUCUUAUGUUUCAUCUCUCCAUGUCAUCAUUUCGGAUUUGGUUGGUUUUAGCGAGGAGUUUCGGGCAUCAGACGCAAGGGGGAUAUACACCUGGGACGAACGGUUUCGGCAUUAGCAUAGUGGUGGGGAGUAUUACACUUACGGAUAGCGGAA